CUCCCUCCUUUCCAAUUCCAUCCUCUCCUUCAUCACCACACACGCACCAUCAGGACCAUGGGGAUGUAGUUCAACGCAGCUGAGGGAGAAGUUUACCCUUGUCGACCGCGCCCGUCCGCCAGUUCUCACCUGUUUGUUUUCACGCUUACGGUAGAGUUGUUGGGCUACUCCCCUGUGUUCCUGCGCGCAACAACAUUGACUUUUCACAACUCCAAUUAGCCGACCAUUAUUGCUCACGUUUAACGUGACUUCCACUUAUGUCCCGAAAACUAAGCGACCAUGACUACAACCUACGUAACAUGAGCAACGCAAUAGGAGACAGAUGGAGGAAAGUUAACGAUGGAGGGGAGCGGAGCCUCAUCAAAGCUCCGUCCAACGCCAGCAUCAGUAGUCAGGGGACAGUGCCCGCCGGCGCGGCGUCGGCAGCGUCGGUGGCGGCACCUGGUGCCUCCACCGGGGACCUGGAGCGCGCUGCUCGCAAGCAGUUCCAGCAAGAUGUCACGCCCGCCUUCGUUUACGUGUUGGCAGUGUUCUCCGCGUUGGGAGGCUUCCUUUUCGGAUACGACACCGGCGUUGUUUCGGGAGCCAUGCUGUUGAUUAAGAGGGAGAUGAAUUUGAGUUUUCUCUGGCAGGAGGUGCUGGUGUCAAGCGCGAUUGCCGCGGCCGCGCUGUCUGCGCUCGCAGGCGGCUUUCUGAAUGGAGUUUUCGGGCGCAGGGUUUGCAUCUUGCUGGCCAGUUUCAUCUUCUCCGUUGGAGGAAUAGUGAUGAGCGCCGCGCCAAACAAGGAGACCCUCCUGGUUGGACGCAUCAUAGUCGGACUUGGACUUGGCAUUGCUUCCAUGACGGUGCCGGUGUACAUCGCGGAGUCCUCCCCUCCUCACCUGCGAGGUCAGUUGGUGACGGUCAACGCACUCUUCGUCACGGCAGGGCAGCUCGUCGCCAGUCUGGUGGGCGGGGCCUUCAGCUACCUGCAGCACAGCGGCUGGAGGUACAUGCUGGGUCUGUCCCUGGUGCCGGCGGUGCUGCAGUUCCUGGGCUUCCUCUUCCUGCCGGAGAGCCCGCGGUGGCUGGUGGCACGGGGCCUUACCCAGAAGGCCCGGCGAGUACUGAGCCAGAUACGCGGCAGCCAGAACAUUGACGAGGAGUACGACAGCAUCAAGAACAGCAUUGAGGAGGAGGAGAAGGAUUCGGGAGGAGAGGGUACAGUGAUCUGGCGGAUGCUUUCCUACCCCCCCACUCGAAGGGCGCUGAUUGUGGGGUGCGGCCUUCAGAUGUUUCAACAACUCGCUGGCAUCAACAUUGUCAUGUACUACAGCGGUACCAUUCUGCAGAUGUCGGGGGUGCGUGACGACCGCCUGGCCAUCUGGCUGCUGACCGUCACCUCCUUCACCAACUUCCUGUUUACGCUGCUGGGGGUGUGGCUUGUGGAGAGAGUGGGCCGCCGUAGACUAACGCUGGGCAGUAUUAUAGGUACGGGUGUGAGUCUAUGCCUGCUGGCCUCCGGCUUCCUCCUGGCUGCUCAGCACAGCCCCGCAGUCACCCUGCCCCCCGCAGACCCUGCACUGCACAACUCCACCUGCACCACACACCUGUCAUGUGAGCCCUGCAUGCUGGACCCUGGCUGUGGCUUCUGUUACCGUGACAACGGCUCGGCAGUCUUCUCCUCCUCCUGCGUGCCAGUCAAUGGAGCCUACACGGACAGAGCAGCAUGGGGCAGGUGCUCCAACGUGUCCCUGAUGACGGACCACACCUACUGGGCCUACAACUUCUGCCCCACCUCCUACUCCUGGCUCGUCCUCCUCGGCCUCGUCCUCUACCUGGCCUUCUUCGCUCCGGGAAUGGGUCCGAUGCCGUGGACGGUGAACUCGGAGAUCUACCCUCUGUGGGCGCGCAGUACGGGGAACGCCUGCUCCGCUGGAGUGAACUGGACCUUCAACGUCCUGGUGUCCCUCACCUUCCUCCACACGGCACAGUACCUCACUUACUACGGGGCAUUUUUCCUGUACGCGAGCCUGGCUCUGCUCGGCUUCCUGUUCAUCUACGGCUGUCUCCCAGAGACGAAGGGGCGUCGGCUGGAGGAGGUGGAGUCUCUGUUCGAGAACCAGCUGUGCUCUUGCGGAGCCUCCGACUCGGAUGAGGGGCGGCAGGUGGAGUACAUCCGGGUCAAAGGUAGCAACUAUCACCUGUCGGACAAUGACGCAUCCGACGUGGAAUAGACUGUAGCCUAUGGGGAGAAGGAUAUACACGAAGAAGCACACCCAAGUCACACACACAGACGCUACACCAAGAGACGAACACACAAACAUACUUUUAAAAGAGUACCCAUACACACACACAAACACAAUCUCCUACACAAAGUCCUUUAAACCAGGACCAUGAUCUGUUUUGUUCAAGGUUGGAGUUGAUUGGGUUGUUCUUCACCUUCACAAUGGGGGUGGGCUGCCCCUCUCUGCCCAAUCAGGUUCUGUCUCUCUUAUGACAUCACCACCAAGAAGAAGUUAUGAGAAAGCGGUGAGGAAUGAGUACAUUGCGUGUGUAAAAAAUGCGACCUUGCCUCCUCCACUUGCUUCUCGUCAUGAUGACAUCACUGACAACAGCAUUAUAUUUCAAUAUCUUGCAAAAGCUCAAUUGUAGAGUCUUUUUCUCUUUUGCAAUUGGGAUGGUGAA